AUGUUUGAAAAUGAAUUCAAAGAGGGCCAAGAGCAGAAAGCCACCUUGGACAAAGUCGAAGGUGUUGUUUCAGCGCAAAGUUUCGAGGCUCUCUUGCAAUGGCUAUACCUCGGUAGGGUGAAAUUCGAGCUGAUGGUACCCGAAGAUCAAAUUUCAGCUGCAAUAGAACUUGCGAGAUUUGCUGAUAUGUGCCAAAUCACUGGAUUGGAAUCCGAAAUGGCCCGAUACAUCGAAGAGAUACUUAAUGCAAAUCCGGAGCCCGAGCCAUUUACAGGACGACAUGUCGAUAUAAAUACCUAUUGUCUCGAGCCUCGGCAUAUUAUCUCGGCAACGCUUCUGCCUGGAGGCCAUUCACUAAGGCUUCGGUUGGGGGAUAUCUUCGUGACGAAAACCACAAAUUCAAACAAGAGACUGGGCAGCAUCCCACCUUUGGCUCUGAAGUUCUCCAAGAAGUAA